GGAAAAUAAGUAUAGAAGGACCAGCAGAGACACUGAGUUAGAUAUCAACUAACUUAUUACACAAUUGAGACCCAUGUCUGCUACUUCACAACACUAACAGGAAGUUGCAUAUCUUUAUUUUGGCAGGAGAAUAUACCAUCCAUCAGACCAAGUGCCGAUAGUUCCUUAAUCACUGACUACGUUGUUGUCCCAAAGGUUUUUGUAAACGAAUGUAUACCCAUGCCAACAAAAAUGAUAUCCUAUGGAGCAAUAUAAAAACACAUACAUAUACAAGUUCAAAACAGCAAAAAGAUUUGCGUUGCCAUACUAAACAGUUAUCAAAUGCAAUACCUACAAACAGCUCCCAGGUACAACACCGUUCAGCCUGCCUUCUCCCUCCUCUGUCACUCUAUCUUACACUCACUCUCUCUCCCUCUAUCUCUCUGCCUCUCUCUCCUUUCCACCUUACCUCCAACCUCCUUCUCCCAUCUUACCUCCUCUCCACUAUAAGGCUCAAUGAUCAACCCAGUUGGCGUAAAUAGUAACUAUUUCAGGGACAGGGUCUGUUGGUCGUGGGGAUAAAUGACCGUCUGUUCUCCUGUUCCAGUCAGCAUCCAGUGAGCCUCAAACAGAGAGAUGAGAGAAGCACUCAAGGACCUGGUGCGGUACUGGAGGCUUUACCUGUUGACGUUGGUAUUGGGAAUUGGGGGAUCAUUUCAAUUGGGGAUGCAAGUUUCCAUCAUGGCUUCUCCAGCUGAGCAUAUCCAGAGAUUUGUGAACCAGACCUGGCUGGGGAGGUAUGAGGUUCCAGUAAGCGAUUCAACCAACAUGCUCAUAUGGUCUUUCAUAGUGUCUGUGUUCAGCCUGGGAGGAUGGGUCGGGGCUAUACACAGUGGCAGCCUCUCUGUCACCUACGGCAGGAAGAAAGCCUUGCUGUUCAACAACAUAGUGGCCCUCGUAGCCGCUGUACUGAUGGUCUUCAGUCCCAUGGCCAAGUCCUUUGAGAUGAUCCUGCUGGGCAGAUUUCUCUAUGGAUAUAAUGCUGGCCUGGGGUGGAACAUACACCUGAUGUAUCUGGGCGAGAGUUCACCCAAGAAGCUGAGAGGAUUCCUGACCAUCACCAUCACCAUCUUCAAUAACCUGGGGAAGGUCAUGGGUCAGAUUGUUGGAAUCAAGGAGCUGAUGGGUACCGAUGACAUGUGGCCCUGGCUCAUGGCCCUUGGUGGCCUCCCUGCCAUCCUCCAGUUUGUGACCUUGCUGUUCUUCCCUGAGGCUCCCCGCUACCUAUACAUUGACAAGGGAGACACUGAGGGCUGCAAAAAAGCCCUGCACUGGCUGUGGCAGGAGGAUGACGUGCAGAUGGAGAUGGAUGAAAUGGGGAAGGAGAGAGCGAGCAUGCAGGGCCAGAAUGUUAAGACCAUUUGGGAUGUGCUGACUUCUCGCUGUGUCAGGUGGCAGCUGUUGGUUCUGGUCAUCCCCUGUGCCGGCGUUCAGUUCUGUGGGUUUAACGCGAUUUAUUUAUACGCUUUCGACAUCUUCCGUGAAGCUGGAGUAGCAGAGGACAAGAUGCAUUACCUUUCCAUUGGCAUCGGAACAACAGAUCUCAUCACCAUCACUCUCAGUUCUCUGUUGAUAGACCGCGCGGGCAGGAAGAUGCUGAUGGGCUAUGGCUACCUGUUGAUGGGAGUCAUCAUGUCCGUCCUGAUUGUUAUGCUGUCUGUCAAGGACCAGUACUGGGUCCCGUAUGCUAACAUCGCCCUCAUCUUCUCUGUCAUCUGCGUUUAUGGACUAGGACCUUCUGGAAUAGCCAGCACCCUCCCUGCAGAUAUCUUCCUUCAGGCCUGGAGACCGUCCGCUUACGUCAUUAGUGGCUCCAUCAACUGGUUAAGCCUGUUCUUGAUUGGGAUGUUCUUCCCCUUCAUAGUGGAUGGACUGGGCCAGUUCUGCUUCCUGAUCUUUGUAGCAUACUGCCUCUUCAGUGCAGCAUUCGUACUCUACUUCCUCCCAGAGACCAAAGGCAAGAGCACGGUGGAGAUCAUGGAGGACUUUAACAAACUCAACUACAAGAACAGGGGAACAGACACCGAAAAGGCUGACUUUGUUAUGGCAACGAAAUUUUAAAGAAAUGUAUUGAGUGGCUUGAGCGAUAUUGGUACACUCUUAGAAAAAAGGUUUCCAAAAGGGUUCUUCGGCUAUCCCCAUAGGAGCACCCUUUUUGUUCCAGGUAGAACCCUCUGUGAAAAGGGUUCUACAUGGAAGCCAAAAAGGUUCUACCUGGAACCAAAAAGGGUUCUUCAAAGGGUUCUCCUAUGGGGACAGCCGAAGAACCCGUUUCUUCUUUUAUGGAUGUAGAUAGCACUUUUUUUUACAAGAGUGUAUGCAUAGAAGUGUUAAGAGAUGUACUUUGUUUAGUUGUUAAUUUGAAUUUGGCUUUACAGCAAAAAAUAUGCUAUAACGCUGUUCUUACAUUCUAGUGGGGGUCCUAUAUAGGGCUGUGGUGGUCAUGAAAUUUUGUCAGCAGAUGAUUGUCAAGCAAAUAACUACCGGUCUCAGGGUAAUUGACCGUUAAUGAACAUAAAUACAUUUAGCAUCUCCUGGCUUCCACUCAUAGCCUACAAGCCUAAUGCAGACCUUUGGAACAUCUACAUUUAAGAAACUAUAAUAAAUCCAUGUAAUAUUGCCUACACCAUCACAAUAAAUCUAUUAUUUAUUUUAGACAGGUCUAAAGAAACAUGAUAUGAAGAAAAUGUAGUCUAUUUCAGAAGAACAGAAAAACAUACUCUGAGUUGUCCUUUUGUUAGGCCCUGAUCUGGCUAUGCCAAAUGGCUGUGGGCUACAGUAGUUCAUUUAGCAGACAAGAUUUGCUUAGAAUUCCGUGGCAUUAUUAUAUAUUAUUUCAUAGUAUGAAGAAUACAAUUGAACAUAGCUGAAUAAAAUCGAAAUUAUAUUUUCUCCAAAGGAUUUGAGGGAGUGUGCACGUGGCUAUUCUGUGUUGAGUGUAUAACAAGGAAACAGCUACUCCUAUAUGCUUACUUUAGAGUUAUUUAUGUUGAACUAUUCUGUGCGAGAAAUAAAUAUUCUAAACAUAGUCUGGGACAGUUGUGGGAUACGAUAGAUACCAAAUUAAUACAACCACUAUCAUAAAAAAAAAAACUGUUUUAAACUAUGAGCCUGACGCAACAGAUGAGAACGUUUAGCUUUAAAUGUUGAUAAACGAUUAGGCUAUUUCUUCACAUUAUAAGCGCAGCAAUGCGCACACUAUACAACGGAUUUUGUAAAGCUGUAUCACUUAGAUAUUACCUUGUAAUGAACAUUUAAAAAAGUAUAUUCACGUCAAAUCAAAUUUGGAAUGUUACAUUUUUUUGCUAUCCGGGUCAAAGGGAAAGUUCGACUGCUGUUACAUGUGUCAUAGGGUUAUCAUACAGAUAUGGUGGAUGAUAUUGUAACAGGGUAAAAAAAACAAAAAAACAAAGCUAUCUAAAGUUACUGUAUGUUGAGAGAGUAUUCUACUGUAUUUCUAGAUCAUUUCAUAAAGCCAUAUUGGCAAAUAAUCCAACUGUCUGUAGUUUGUAAUAGUGUGUAAUAUUGAGUUGUUUAGAUCAGAUUGUGCUAAUAAAUGAUGUAUCCUUCUGUUAGAUUGGAAAAUAAAUGUUCGAAGUUAAUAAAUGUCUACAGGCUUUCAACUUUGGUCCCGUGCGGUCUAUCAUUCCAUAGACAUCCUUCAUCAACACCUUUGUUACAGCAAGAACAUGACAACCUAAGAUUUGUCCGAAUAAACAAGACCAUUCAAGGCAUCUGUCUAUGUGAACCACAUGAAUAAGUGUACUGUAGAGCCACGUGGAGUAGCAGCAGAGAACAGACACAAGCGAACAUGAUGUAACUUAGUAUCGGUGGGAAGGAACCUGGUGAGAUCCAGUUUGGACCAGGAAUGACCCCCCCCCCCCAAUCCAAUGUGAAGGUUAUCUUCCACUAUUCGGCUGAAUGAUCAACCCAUACGGUGUGAUGAGUAACGGGGACAGGGGGGGAGAGGGUGGCGAUAAAUGGCCCAUGCCUCCAGGGAGCCUCAACCGGAAAGAUAGGAGAAGCACUCAACGACCUGUGCUGGAGGCUUUGCCUGUUGACGUUGGUAUUGGGAAUCGGGGGAUCAGCAUGGGAUGUAAGUUUCCAUCAUGGCUUCUCCAGCUGAGUUUUGCAGGAAGAAAGCCCUGCUGUUCAACAUAGACGCUGUACUCAUGGUCUUUCGUCGCUUGGCCAAGUCCUUUGAGGUGAUCCUGUUGAACAUAUUUCUCUAUGGAUAUAAUGUUGGUAUGUGUGUUGUGGUAGUUUUUUCCUCUGUGUAUAACCUACUAUAUAUGAGAAUAUGGGCUUAGCCUGUGGUGUUAGUUUUUGUAGCUUACCUAUUUGUUUUUGUAACCUCUCCCUCCCCUCUCACGCUCUCUCUCUCUUUCUUUCACUCUUUCUCUAUAUAUCUCUUUCCUCAUACCGCUCCCUCCUCUCUCUCACUAUCUGUGGUUUUAGGCCUGGGGCUGAGUGUGCACCUGGUGUACCUGGGCGAGAGUUCACCUAAGAAGCUUGGGAGGAUUCCUGACCCUAACUAGCUCCAUCUUCAAUGGCUUCAGGAAGGUCAUGGUCAGAUUGUCAGUACCGUUGUUACUUAACCACCUGACUCGUGUCCUGUGGUCCGUUUACCCUUUCAGUGGUCAGUUGUUCUAGCCUGGUCAAGCAUACUGACCUCAGUUUUGUGCUCACAGUGCAGCGGUCACUCAGUCUGGUUGACCAGGCUACAGUUCAUGUUCAUGACACCUUAAUACGUCCUCAGAACCCACAAUCACAGUGGAGUUACAUAGAUUGCAUCCAUAGAGUCAAAGAAGGCAACAUACAGGUUAGCUCGGCCACAGUGAGAGUCUCAUUCUGUAAAAAAUGAAGCCAACUCUCUUGCCAUCUAUCUUACUUAGAGAAAGAGAACAAACAGGGUUCACACCAUUCAGUCAAAUCCCCUUCUGAAUGUUCCAGUUGACCGCCCUGAGCCUUCUCCACUCCAAAUCGGACCAGCUCAACCUCACCAUCAUGUGCCCUGGAUUACCCUGUCCUGGUCCGGCUGGGCUGAAGAACAAGAUUCUGAACAGCUCAUCUGACAAAUUACUAGAAAUGGAAUCACUUUGUAGCAUGAUGUUGUACACAUUUAUGGCAAAGUUCUCCAAAAAAAGAUGUGAAAUAAAUUCUAAUAGGAUAAUUUUAUCAAGUUUUGGAGGUUGAUGUUCAAGUGUCAAACAUAGAAUUAGGAUGGAAGGAAGACACAGUAUGGUUGAAAUAGUCAUUUGUCAACAAGUCUCUCUCUGCAGGGAGCUGAUGGGUACUGAUGACAUGUGGCCCUGGCUCAUGGCCCUUGGUGGCCUCCCUGCCAUCCUCCAGUUUGUGACCUUGCUGUUCUUCCCUGAGGCUCCCCGCUACCUAUACAUCGACAAGGGAGACACUGAGGGCUGCAAAAAAAAGGAGGAUGACCUGUAGAUGGAUGACAUGGGGAAGGAGAGAGCGAGCAUGCAGGGCCAGAAGGUUAAGACCAUGUGGGACGUGCUGACUUCUCGCUGUGUCAAGUGGCAGGUGCGGGCUCUGGUCAUCCCCUGUGCCGGUAUUCAGUUUUGUGGUAAUAACGCAGUUAUUCUGGGAAGUGAAGAGCUGUUCCAUUCCCUUCCUUUUCCAGAAUUAAACAGCUGCAAAUAGGAGCCCUCUCUUGCUCUACCUUUUGUCGUUCUCCUUUCAUCUCAUCGUCUCCACAAUUACCCAAAAUGUGUUCUAUAGAUUUAUUUCUACACUUUCGACAUCUUCCGUGAAGCUGGAGUAGCAGAGGACAAGAUGCAUUACCUUUCCAUUGGCAUCGGAACAACAGAGCUCAUCACCAUCACUCUCUGUUCUCUGUUGAUAGACCGCACGGGCAGGAAGAUGGUGAUGGACUAUGGCUACCUGUUGAUGGAAGUCAUCAUGUCCAUCCUGAUUGUUAUGCAAUCAGGAUGCCCACCCCUGAUUUAGGGCUUCUCUGUGUCAGCCAACAUGAGAGCGAACACUGUUUUUGUUCUCUCUUAACAGAACCUGUACUCAUGGUUUCCCUAUGUUAACAUCACCCUCAUCUACUUUGUCAUCUGUAUUUAUGGACUAGGACCUUGCGAGUACAUAAUUUCUUAUGUAUUAUGUAUGUCUUAUUUUCACAAGUCUACAGCUGUAGGCUAAGUGGUGUGUACGAUUCCAGAUCUGAGUAUUGGGAGUCGAGUGAGCUACAUAGUAGUCAAAUGCUGCUCUAAGUCAACAUACACACAGAACCUCAAAGUUGCAAAUAUUUCAGUGAUCAAAAAGACUGCCAUUCUUGACAGUUGCAUAUCUCUGAGGUCCUACUGUUUGUCUGUACCCUUUACCUUUAACUUUAACAUUAUUAAUGUUCCCAUGGAGGAUGGUUUAGGUCAGUUCUGCUUCCUGAUCUUUGUAGCGUACUGCAUCCUCAGCUCAGCGUUCAUGCUCUACUUCAUCCCAGAGACCAAAGGCAAGAGCACGGUGGAGAUCAUGGAGGACUUUAACAAACUCAACGACAAGAACAGGGGAACAGACACCGAAAAAGGCUGACUAUGUUAUGGCAAUGACAUUUUAAAGAAAUGUAUUGAGUGGCUUGUACACUCUUAGAAAAAAGGUUUCCAAAUGGGUUCUUCGGCUAUCCCCAUAGGAACACCCUUUUGGUUCCAGGUAGAAGCCUCUCUGGAAAGAUUUCUAAAUGGAACCCAAAAUGGUUCUACCUGGAACCAAAAGGGUUCUACCUGGAACCAAAAAGGGUUCUUCCAAGGGUUUUCCUAUGGGGACAGCUGAAGAACCCUUUUACUGUAGGUUGUAGAUAGCACCUUUUUUGUAAGAGUGUAUGAACAGACAUGUUAAGAGAUGUACUCUGUUUAGUUGUUCAUUUGAAUGUGGAUUUACAGCAAUUAGUAUGAAUCCAAAACAUGUUGCUAAAUCAGUCAUAGCGCUGUUCCUACAUUCUAGUCAAGAGUCCUAUACAUCUUGAACUGAUUUUUUAAAGCUGUAUCAAUGACUUAUUACCUUGUAAUGAACAUUUUUUAAAAGUAUUUUCAUAUCAAA